AUGCCUACAGUGUCGUUCAUGAGGGAAGGAACAGCGAAGUCGAUGGAUGACAAGCCGCGAGGCGCGAACAGGUCUACAAAGCUUGCUGGAAAGCUCAAAGUCUUGCCAGAGCAACCUGACCCUCUACCAGUUCUCGACGACGACGAACCGCAUGCGGUCACAGCGAAGAAAGCCUACGCAGAAAGCACGGGAACGAGCGGAGAUAGCGAUGAAGGAGAAGCAGAGGAGAAUGAGGAAUCCCAAGAGGACGAGGUCGAGGUGUACAACCAGAUAUCCCUGAUUCCUGCAGGGACAGCCAGGAGAGAUGCGCUAAAACUGACCAAGAAGAAAGCCAAAUCUCUACCUCGAGUGACAGCAUACGCGACUGCCAGCUCUUACCGCAUGAACGACCUUAUGAAGUUCUUCGUUGCUAGGAAGAAUGCGUACCAUACAAACCCCAAGUUGAUUGACGAGGUCAUUUAUACCCCAUACGUCUACGACCCUCCUCUCUCCGCCCAAGAUCACUCGAAACCUGGAAUAAAUUCUCAUGCUCCAACCGGGGACCUUCUCGGAAUUCCAGAACUACGAGAAGAGUAUGAUACCGAAGACCCGCCUAGGAAAAAGUCUAAGAGUAAGUUCGACACAACGGCUACAGAGGCUGAAAUAUUCUUGUUCCCCUAUGGAACUGUCGUUAUUUGGGGGAUGACGGAGACGCAAGAAAAGCGUUUCUUAUCGUCUAUUCGCCGGUUUGAAAUCGGGAAAUUGGCUCCGGACGAGAUCGAGAUGGAAGAUCUCAACUACUACUAUGCAAACUACAGCCGAAUCUACAACGACGUCAUUACCCUACGGAAAGGAUCAAGUUACAUGACUAAGCUGUCAUUGUCCCAUGCCUUGUCACAAUCAGUGAAGAUUUCGCUGUUCGAAGAACUCAUUUCUUCGACUAUAGAAGAAACUAAAGACAUUCCAGAAAUCAUUAGCGAGACAGGGAAGAUAGGGAUGCCUCACAAAGGUGGGUCUUCGGCUACUAGUAAAUGGACUUGGGGUACGAUCUGGGUGACACCUCCGCUAGAGAUCAUGCAACAAAUUGGACAGUUGUUCCUUCUUCGAACCAACAUCAACUCCGUGGGUUCUGUUCUUGAUUCUCCUAGUUUCCCCGAUCUCCAACCCUUGUAUGAUGCAGCCCGAAGUUACCUCGAAAUCCCCCAGCGAAUCAAUCUGCUCAACACUCGCGUGGAGGUUUUGCAAGACAUGCUGCAACUGCUGAAGGAAUCAGUAUCUAGUAGACAUGCCGAGUGGUUAGAAACGAUUAUCAUCGUGUUGAUUGCGAUUGAGAUCGGUAUGUUGAAUUGA